AUGUAUGCCUGUAAUAAGGAAGGAAAGACGGAUGAAACUUGGCAGACUAAGAAGAAAAAUAUGGCGAGCAAAUCUGGGGAAAGGAAGCGUGGACAUAUUCGAUGCGGCUACCAAGCUAAAAUGAGAGUGAAAAAAUCCCAGGAUGAUGGCAUGUGGAUCGUUAGUUGUUUUAUCGAGCAACAUAAUCAUCACCUCACGAAUCCUAGCAAAGUUCACUUGCUACCGUCACAUAGGAUUGUCUCAACAACCAAGAAAGCCUUGGUUCAACAAUUCUCAGAAGCUAAUAUUCCAAAUAGCCAACAUGUGAGAUUAUUUGAGAUAGAAGUUGGUGGUCCAUCAAUGAUUGGUUGCCUUGAGAAAGACAUUAGGAACCACAAAAGGGACAUUUUAAGACGAUCUAUAUGGACAAGAUGCCGAGACAUUGAUCCAACACUUUGA